AUGCGGAAGCUGCAAAGCGAGACAACAUACGAGCAUUGCGCGUUGAAUGAACUGGGUAUGCAAAGAUUAGCUCGUAAAUUCCAACGUGCGAAGUCGGGCCUCUGCACAGCUUGGCUCGUUUGCGGCCGCUUCCUUGAUCUACAUACGGAUCAUGCAUCUGCGCGGCAGCAUUAUGCUGCGGCAGCGCGGGCGAUGACUGCGUACGUACGUGCGCACACCCCCCUGGACCAUGCGCGUUUGAUGCUCCGGAUGCUACGUCCUUUCGCGUCGGCUUUUGCGUUCCCGGAUUCUGCGUGCGGAUGGAAUGUGUUGGAUCGAAUCCACCUGCUUUGCGACGACCUUUACGUGCCUGGCCGUGAUAACCUUUAUGCAACUUUUGGCUUUGCGAUCAUCUUUGCGAUCCUAACCGCCGUAACAUUUAUCCACGGUUUGGGCUUCUCGCAGUGCGUAUUCUUGCGCGUCCAACUUCCCGCUUUGAGCUUCGCGUGA